AUGACGUCCUCGACUGAUUCGUCUGAGUACGAGUCUUCCUCCGGGGAGACCGAAGUCUCGGACAGUUCGUCGCCGGCCAAGAGGUCGAAGCCCCGGAAGCAAGUGAAGAAAGCCAAGAAGGGCAAAAGCCACAAGGCCAAGAAGGCCAAGUCUAGCAAACGUGCUAAGACUUCAAAGGCCAAGAAGUCCAGGCAGAAGAAGGAGAAGAAGUCCCGAAAAGAAUCGGAUGCCACCCCGGGUGGUACGGAUACCUGGAAUAAGGCGACCUCUGGUUGGAGCGGGGGUUACUCUUGGUCGGCUGGAGAUUCAGGAGGCCGGUCUUGGAAAUCAGACGCUGCGGCGUCGAGUGCCGGCUGGGGCCCCAAGUGGAAUAAGUGGGAGAAGCCGCGCCACCAUUGGCAGCCCAAAGCAGCGGCUAAGGCGCAGAUCCUGAGCCCUAAUUUUGGCGGGGGCGACACCAGUAAGAAGCAGCGGUGGGAGCAUGAUGCUGCUCCCGAUGCAUGGGCGGAUUACUGGCAGAUUGCCAGACAAAACAACGAGGAAGAUGAGUGGCGAGUUCCGUGCCCGGCAGCGGCUCGGGACGAGGGGAUCAUCCCGGUUCUUACCUCCCCCAAUGAGCAUGAGAUUGCUCGGAUUGCCGAUGGGGUCCUCCUUUCCUUUCAGGUUCCUCGAAGCAUGCUGGAAGCGGUGAUUCGCGCUAUGCUGCAAGCAGAGGUGGUAUGCCCCACCGUCGAUGGAAUCCCCGCGAUAUUUCAGAUCAGGGGAGAAGGCUGGGGUCAUUUGGUGAUCCCUUUGGUGGAGCAGGGCACGGAUGCCCCCCUCCAAUCACCUAUGCAUCGCGAGCUCCUGGAGUCCGAGACGCAUCAUUAUUCUUUUGCACAUGGGACCUCGCAGCAUGCACUUCCUCUGAUCCUGAGGGAGCGGAUCAUUCGUCCCCAAAACUUCAAGAAGGGCUCCACUCCUACUGUAGGACCUUUUGGGGUGGCUUCACCGGGCCACCUCACGAUGAACCCCGAUUGCAGUACUUUGAGGACCAUUUUGAAGAGGAGCCGCUCGAUCAGCAAAGGCCAACAGCCCUCGACCAUCCUUUGUGAGGUCAGGACCCCGGAGACCCAUGUCAAGUUGGACGCCGGAACUGGCGAACAGUUGCAGAUUUCUAGCCGAGAUGCAGGACUGGCUGUGGGGCCGGAUUCGGCAGUGGCUAGGUCUGACUUGACCUACAUCCUGGGUGUGGCCAUCACCUACCCCUUUCAGGGACCUGGUCGCGAGCUGACCUGA